CUAAAACAUAGAAAUGGAACAUAUGCCAAUCAUUGAACAAGCUCUUGGGAGUAAGGAGUCUCAAGAGGAAGCUCUCAAAAUUGUCCUCUCACUGUCAAAUGAUACUGAAUCUUUGAAGUUAUUUGCUGAAAGCAAGAACAUUAUUAGAAAAGUGAUUGAGCUUUCUGGAGAAGAAUCAGUUUCCAAUUUAGCACUCCAAGUUAUGAUCAAUCUGUCUCAAAAUGAAGAUAUAAGCAAAGUUAUGGUCAAGAACGGAGGAAUCAGCACUCUCUUUGACUUCCUGAAAACACACUUAAAGCCUGAUGAAAAGGAUGAAAAAUCGGAUGUAGGAUAUAUUUCCAAAGAGAAUGUGUAUGAAGUUAAGCAUGCAACAACUAGCAGUAUCCCAUUGGUUCUGAUGGCGCUUACUAAUCUCACUACAUACCCAUUUGGAAGAGAGAAGUUGCUGAAUGCUAGUGAUAAUCCUGACUUAAAGAUGAUUUUAGUAGAAAAUCUCGUUGCUAUGACAGGGUUCUUCAAGGAUCAAGACCUGUUCAAUUUUGGAGCAAAUGUGAUAGCUAAUUCAACAAUUGAUGCUGAGAAGAACGGGCUUACACUAGCUUCCUACAAGCCUCUUCUGGAGAUGAUUAGUUCUAUCAAGAAGUCUCCAACUAAGAGGAUGAAAGUCACUGAAGCAGUCAAGAAUUUGAUGUUUACAUACAAUGAUAAUCUCCAAGAAAUCAAAGAUCUCGAUGUUGUCGUGUCUAUAGGAACUGCUUUGAUCGAGACAAAUGUUCACGAAUGAGCAAAAGCUAUUGAUGAAGACAUAAAAUUACAUCCAAAAUGGAUAGAGGCUUAUGAGAACAGAGAGAAUAAUGAACCUGAGAUCGGUCCUCACAAGGAUGACUUAAAUCAUUGCUUAAUGGAUUGAUUGGUUCUCUUGGGAAACGAAGAAGACAUGCUUAAUAUUAUGAAUGAUUAUGGAAUCCAGAAUUUAUUCGAAAUACUCAAUUUCCAAAAAUAUGUAUCAAAGGAGCCCAUUGCAAGUCAAGAAGCAGCAUACCAGUCAUUCAUGGGUGAUACUCAAAUCAAUGAAAAAGUGACUGUCGUUCUCAACCAAAUUAUAUCUAUUCUCCAAGAGACUCCAAAAACAGAAGAAAUUCUAGCAGACCAAGAACCAAAUCUCGAUUCCGCUGCUGAUAAGCCCUUAGAAGAGAGUAAAGAAUAAUAAUUCAAUCUUUGAA